AUGGUGGGAAAUACGACGGGGGGACACACUCCGUCCCAUGCACAAUCCUCACUACCCUCGUUACCUUCGCAUCUGCAAUCUGACACACAUCUGACUGCACACCUGGCCAGCCGGUUCCAUGUCGGCUUACCAACCGCUCGCUUGUCAUCGCAGGCCUUGAUCAGUCUCAACACUUACACUUCGUCUGCCAAAGGUCCCGAUGGCGAUAAAGAGGGCAGUGCUAUGGGAGAGGCAGAGGACCUGGCGAGGCGGGCAUUCACUCGACUCGGGGCCCGGGGUGAAAACCAGGCCAUCGUCUUCCUCGGCGAGAGUGGCUCCGGAAAGACCACCCUUCGUUCUCACAUCGUAUCCGCCUUUCUUUCGUUCUCCUCCACCCCUCUGUCCUCGAAGCUGUCCUACGCGGCUUUCGUGUUCGACACUCUGACGACGACCAAGUCCCUGACUACCCCGACUGCAUCCAAAGCCGGCUUGUUUCUGGAACUCCAGUACGAUGGUUCUUCCUCGGUGAACCCUACCUUGAUCGGUGGUAAAAUCAUCGACCAUCGAUUGGAGCGCAGUCGCAUUGCCUCUGUUCCCACUGGUGAACGGAGCUUUCACGUCCUCUAUUAUCUCCUGGCCGGAACGAGUGCGGCCGAGAAGGCUCAUUUAGGGUUUGACAACUCGAUCCACGUCUCGACCGCCGCUGGCAAAUUGUCCUCAGCCUCGAUCGGCCACAAACGAUGGAGGUAUCUGGGUCAUCCCACCCAGCUCAAGGUGGGCAUCAACGACGCCGACGGGUUCCAGCACUUCAAGACUGCAUUGAGGAAGCUGGAAUUCCCGCGCAGUGAGAUUGCAGAACUAUGUCAGAUGUUGGCGACAAUCCUUCAUCUGGGACAGCUGGACUUCGUGAGUGGGCAGGCCACGACGACCGGGGCGGAAGAAUCGGGCGGUUACUCGCACGAGGGUGGCGAGAAGGUGACCGUUGUUCGGAACAAGGAUGUUUUGCAGAUCAUUGCGGCAUUCUUGGGCCUCGGUGUGGACCAACUCGAGACCAGUUUUGGGUACAAGACCAAGACCAUCCGUCGGGAGCGCGUCACGGUUAUGUUGGAUCCCAAGGGAGCACGACAGAAUGCGGAUGACCUGGCUCGAACCCUUUACUCUCUCCUGGUGGCGUAUGUGAUUGAAACCGUCAACCAGAAGAUUUGCGCUGCGGAGGAUAGUGUAGCCAACACCGUCUCGAUCGUCGACUUCCCAGGUUUCUCUCAGGUCAGCGCGACGGGCUCGACGCUGGAUCAGCUGCUCAGCAAUGCGGCGACGGAGUCGCUGUAUAACUUCUGUCUGCAGUCCUUCUUUGACCGGAAGGCGGACGAGUUGGAGCGCGAAGAGGUCUCCGUGCCGGCCACAAGCUACUUCGACAAUAUCGACACGGUGCGGGGCCUGUUGAAGCCCGGCAAUGGCUUAUUGAGUAUCCUCGACGACCAGACUAGGCGCGGACGGACCGAUUCUCAAUUCCUCGAAUCGAUCAGGAGACGUUUUGAGAACAAGAACCCCGCCAUCACCGUUGGAACGACCAGCCACGCCACGGGCAUGGUCUCGCAGCUUGCACGCACCUCCUUCACAGUGAAGCACUUUGCAGGAGAGGUCGAAUACCCGGUUCAUGGUCUUUUGGAAGAGAACGGGGACAUGAUCUCCGGAGACUUGAUGAACCUCAUGAAAUCCACGAGCAGCGAAUUUGUGAGGGACCUGUUCGGUCAGGAGGCUCUGCACACGGUCACCCAUCCUCAGGAGAAGACCGCCAUUGUGCAAGCGCAAGUUAGCUCGAAGCCUCUGCGGAUGCCCAGCAUGGCCAGGCGUAAGGAUGGCCCGGCUGCCCGAGCUAUGUUUGAUGCACCUCCGCCUAUUGAGGAUCGAGAUGAGAAUGAGAGUCAGGCUGAUAGUACCUCGCGAAGUUCUGGACGACGCAAGAGCGCGAUGAUUGCCAGCGGGAUCCAGGGCGCUGCAGGGCAAUUCCUGUCCUCAUUAGACAUUGUCAACAAAUGCCUGAGCUCUCCCAACCUGAACCCUUACUUCAUUUUCUGCCUGAAGCCUAACGAUCGACGAAUUGCGAAUCAGUUCGACAGCAAGUGUGUCCGCGCGCAAGUUCAAACGUUCGGCAUCACGGAGAUCAGCCAGCGUUUGAGAAACGCAGAUUUCAGCGUCUUCCUUCCGUUCGCUGAGUUCCUGGGGCUGGCUGAGAUUGGCAAUGCUGUGGUGGGAAGCGAUAGAGAGAAAGCCGAGGUUGUCCUCGACGAGAAGCGAUGGCCCGGGAAUGAAGCUCGCGUCGGCAGCACAGGUGUGUUUCUCAGCGAGCGCUGCUGGGCGGACCUAGCGAAGGUCGGCGAGCGCGUUGUCCCUGUCUACGCGGCGGGCGAAGGCUCCGAUGAGGGUGGGGAUGGCCUACUUCACCCGCAGACUGCCAACUAUCAUGAUUCCAAAGUCCGACUUCUUGGUCCAGCGGAUCAGUCACCGGGAGGUUUCAUAUACGGCGAGGAGGGAAAACACGGGUACUUUGGAAGCCGCGACCUGGAUGGGCGUUCCGAGGCCGGUGCUUCUGCCUUUAACUCGGGAGACAUGUUCCGGAAUCUGGAUACCCGUGAGCAGAUGCUCGAAAAGGGCAACGAGAAGAAUAUGGAAGAGAUCGAAGAAGUGCCGGUAUCCGGUAGUCGCAAGCGGUGGAUGGCGUUGGUCUACCUGCUGACGUGGUAUAUCCCCGACUUCACCAUCAAGGUUCUCGGUCGUAUGAAGCGCAAGGAUGUGCGAAUCGCCUGGCGUGAAAAGUUUGCGAUCAACCUGAUCAUCUGGUUCUGCUGUCUCGUUGCCAUUUUCUUCAUUGUCGUCUUCCCUUCCUUGAUUUGCCCCACACAGCAUGUGUAUUCGUCCGCUGAACUGUCUUCACACAACGGCAAGGAUGGGCACAGCUCUUUCGUCGCGAUCCGGGGUGUGGUGUUCAACUUGGGCAAAUUCAUGCCAGCCCACUAUCCCAGUAUUGUGCCCGAAAAAUCUCUGAAGACAUAUGCAGGAACCGAUGCCACCGGUCUAUUCCCGGUGCAGGUGUCUGCUUUGUGCCCCGGUACAGAUGGCAAGGUUGACCCUACGGUGCUUCUGGACUAUUCCGCAACUAACGUAUCGGGCUCGGCGACUACUGUAAGCUCCACGGACACCAACAAGGGAUAUCAUGAUUUCCGCUACUUCACGAACGACUACCGGCCAGACUGGUUCCAGGAACAGAUGAUUAUGCUCCGAGCAAACUAUUUCAAGGGAUGGGUUGGUUAUACCCCAGAAUACAUCAAGACACUGGGUGAUGACUCCCAGUACAUCGGCCAUAUCAACGGCAAAGUCUAUGAUCUGACGACGUACGUUGCAGGAGGUCGGAGAGUGGAAGCCCCGGCGGGCAAAACAGUUCCGGACAACGUCAACCGCGAUUUCAUGAGCCCUCUGGUCGUCGCUCUGUUCGAAGACCUUCCGGGGCGGGAUCUGUCGAAGUACUGGGAUAACCUGCAGAUUUCCGACGUCAUGCGUCAGCGCAUGCAGCUGUGCCUGGACAAUCUCUUCUUUGUGGGACAUGUCGACACCCGUAAUUCGGCUCAAUGUCAGUUUGCGCGGUACUUCAUUCUGGCCAUUUCCAUCUUCAUCGUCUCCAUCGUGGUGUUCAAAUUCCUGGCUGCCUUACAAUUCACCAGGAAGAACCUGCCGGAGAACCUUGACAAGUUCAUCAUCUGUCAAGUUCCCGCCUACACGGAAGACGAAGAUUCCUUGCGCCGUGCCAUUGAUUCCAUGGCUCGCAUGCGCUAUGAUGAUAAGCGGAAACUUCUCGUUGUGAUUUGCGAUGGUAUGAUCAUUGGACAGGGUAACGACCGUCCUACCCCAAGGAUCGUCCUGGAUAUUCUCGGAGUCCCGGAAUCCGUGGAUCCCGAACCACUCAGUUUCGAGAGUUUGGGCGAAGGGCAGAAACAGCACAACAUGGGUAAGAUCUAUUCGGGUCUCUAUGAGGUUCAGGGCCACAUUGUGCCCUUCCUUGUGGUUGUCAAGGUCGGAAAGCCUUCCGAGGUCGCUCGCCCUGGUAACAGAGGAAAGCGUGACUCUCAAAUGGUGUUGAUGCGAUUCCUCAACCGUGUUCAUUACAACCUGCCUAUGAGCCCGAUGGAGUUGGAAAUGUAUCACCAGAUUCGCAACAUCAUCGGUGUCAACCCGACGUUCUAUGAGUUCAUUCUACAGGUCGAUGCCGAUACUGUGGUGGCCCCGGAUGCAGCAACCCGCUUCGUGUCGACGCUGUUGGCUGAUACCCAAAUCAUUGGUCUGUGCGGUGAAACUGGCUUGUCCAACGCCAAACAUUCGGCCAUCACCAUGAUGCAGGUCUACGAAUAUUACAUUUCCCACAACAUGAUCAAGGCCUUCGAGAGUCUGUUCGGUUCGGUUACUUGUUUGCCAGGUUGUUUCACAAUGUAUCGCAUCCGGUCGGCUGAGAGUGGCAAGCCGCUUUUCGUCAGCAAGGAAAUCAUUGAGGCCUACUCCGAGAUCCGCGUUGAUACACUCCACAUGAAGAACUUGCUUCAUCUGGGUGAAGAUCGUUACCUGACAACGCUCCUGAUGAAGUUCCAUCCCAAAUUCAAGACCAAGUACAUCAUCGCUGCGAAGGCCUGGACCAUUGCGCCGGAGAGCUUCGCGGUGUUCCUGUCGCAACGUCGUCGUUGGAUCAACUCCACCGUUCACAAUCUGAUGGAACUGGUACCCCUUCAGCAACUCUGUGGCUUCUGCUGCUUCAGUAUGCGCUUCGUCGUCUUUGUCGAUCUGCUCAGUACCGUGAUUCAGCCAGUCACCCUAGCUUAUAUCGGGUAUAUGAUCUACUACCUUGUCACUGACACAUCCACCAUUCCUUGGACCACUUUUGUCCUUCUCGCUGCCAUCUACGGUCUCCAGGCGCUCAUCUUCAUCUUCCGUCGCAAGUGGGAGAUGCUUGGAUGGAUGCUCAUCUACCUAUUGGGUCUUCCAAUCUCUUCUCUGGCGCUGCCCCUGUACUCUUUCUGGCACAUGGACGACUUCUCAUGGGGUAACACUCGUGUCAUCACCGGCGAGAAGGGUCAAAAGGUCGUCAUCUCCGACGAAGGCAAGUUCGAUCCGUCCUCUAUCCCGAAGAAGACAUGGGAUGAGUACCAGGCCGAACUCUGGGAAGCGCAAACUUCCCGAGACGAUCGCUCCGAGGUCUCUGGCAUUUCUUACGCCACCAAGUCCUACCAUCCCAUGCAGUCCGAGUACGGAUUCCCGCCCUCGCGGCCAAUGUCUCAAUUCGGCCUGCCCCGCUACUCCUCCCGCAUGUCCUUGGCGCAGUCGGAGAUUAUGAGCCGGCACAUGGACAUGGAGAUGGAAGACCUGUCUCACCUGCCCAGCGACGAUGCAAUCCUGGCCGAGAUCCGGGAAAUCCUGCGCACGGCAGAUCUGAUGACGGUCACGAAGAAGAGCAUCAAACAGGAGCUCGAGCGCCGAUUCGGCGUCGCAUUGGAUGCCAAGCGUCCAUACAUCAACUCGGGUAAGAAAUAUUGUUCCUUUGGGUGUGAAAGAGAUGGCGACUAA